UAAACACAAUCGAUACAAGAGUCAACUACUGGAGGAGGAAACCAUUUCCACACCACAUUUUUCUUGUAUUUUGGGAAAAAACGUUGUAGUGACAACAACAACACGCUGCAGUCAAACACAACCCUUGACCUUUCACCUUUGACAAUGUUUGUUCGUAACAGUAAUGGACGGAAGGCAUGACCCACCUUGUAGCAGAGCAGGCCGUAUGAGUUCAACAAAGCAGCCCAGCUUCACAGCAGUCACAGUGGAAGGUGAACCCGAGCUACACGACCCCCUGACAGGUAUGAUGGCAGUUGGAGGGUUGAUGACUGUAGACAUGUGGCUCUAGGGGUGCAGCGGUGCCCUGCCCUGCCCUGCCCGGGACCAUGCAGCAGAAAGGUGCGAUCCAGAUUAUCGAAUGGGAGGACCUGGACAAGAGGAAGUUUUACUCCCUGGGUGUGUUCAUGACCUUGACCACCCGGGCCACGGUCUACCCAGCCAGCCUCAUCCGAACCCGCCUCCAGGUGCAGAAGGGAAAGGCCCUCUACUCCGGAACCUUUGAUGCUUUCUGCAAGAUCCUGCGAGCAGAGGGCGUGCACGGCCUGUACCGCGGAUUCAUGGUCAACACAUUCACCCUAGUCUCAGGACAGGCUUAUAUCACCACCUAUGAACUGGUGCGCAAGUAUGUGUCCCAGUACUCGCCCAGUAACACAGUGAAGUCGGUGGUGGCGGGAGGGGCAGCUUCCCUUGUGGCACAGACAAUCACUGUGCCCAUAGACGUGGUGUCUCAGCACCUGAUGAUGCAAGGACAGGGAGAACACCUCACUCGCUUCAAGGCCAAACCCAAAAUGAUGCUCGCAGCAACUAAACGCAGACUGACCUUCGGACAAACACGUGAAAUUACGGUGCAGAUAUUUGCAGCCGAUGGAUUCAGGGGAUUUUACAGGGGCUAUGUGGCAUCUCUACUCACAUACAUCCCAAACAGUGCACUGUGGUGGCCUUUUUAUCAUUUUUAUGCAGAGCAGCUGUCCCUGUUAGCGCCUAGUGAGUGCCCCCACCUGAUUCUGCAGGCUUUGGCAGGACCAAUGGCAGCAGCAACCGCCUCCACCAUCACCAACCCCAUGGAUGUUGUUCGAGCAAGAGUACAGGUGGAGGGACGAUCAUCUGUCAUCGAGACGUUCAAGCAGCUGCUGGCAGAGGAGGGCGUCUGGGGGAUGACCAAGGGGCUGUCGGCCCGCAUCAUUUCCUCCACGCCCACUUCGGUGCUCAUCGUGGUGGGAUACGAGACUCUGAAGAGACUGAGCCUGCGAGCUGAGCUGGUAGAGUCCAGACACUGGUGAAAGGCCACAUGGGAGUCAGGAGCCCCGUACCAGGCGUCAACCUCAAAAGAAAAAGACCCAGAUCUUUCUCCAGCCUCGGGGGUUACCUGCUCUACUGUGCAGCCGCUGCCACAAGCCUUUCAGACUGUGUUGUUUUACUGCAUGUAUGAUGAGUGCAAGUGGUGAUGUUUGUCUCUAGCUACACUUGAGAAUUACAGGGGUUAUUAAUUUGGUAUUUUCUAUCUGACAAACCUGUUUCUUCUGGCCUUUUUUUUCCUUUCUGCUAAACUAUGACUGUGAAAUAUGAAUAUAACAGAAAACAAUGUGCCGUAUUUUGCCGAAAUUAAAUGCAGCAUUAAAAAAAAAUAUAUGUAUUCUCAAAAUUUAAACCACUGAAAAGAGGCUGCUUGUUGAAGAAGAGUAGAUAAGCCAUUGCUCCUAGACUGUAUAUUUUAAUUAAUUUUUCUUAUGAAUGGAUAUGGAGCGAGUCAGUUUUUAUUUUUACUGUGCACUCAGGCAGACGGAGCUUGUGAGCACAUGAUACAUGUUGAGCGUACUUUCCAGCCGGGUUCAAUUUUUAAAAUAGAGCUACAGGUACACUGCAGUAAGUUACACUGUGUUUUAAGAGCAUCUGCACUGAGGCCAGUCCAAUGAGUGUUCAGCGUGCCAAAAUAGAGACACAAAUGUCCUUGUGUCUACCCUAAUGAGCACAGAGAAGAGUUUGAUAUCUGAGUGCAUUCCAGUGAAAGAAGACUUUUGCACAGAGGUUUGAAACAUCUGCAAAGAAUCUCACCUUUGUUUUAGGCCAAAAUGAAAAGAGAAUAAGAUUUGUUGUUGUUUAAUUACAGCAAUGUUGUUGAAUUACUUUACCUUCAAAGUGUGUAACUUGAGCUAGAUUUCCAAAUCUUUAAAAUGUGAUUGUUCAGGUUACUUUCAAAACAACAAAUAUUACAUUUAUCUGUAGAGGUCUUUGUGAAACCUGGCCCAGGUUUGUGUAAUUUGACCUACAGCCUGUCUUUAAUGUAGCUUUGGGAGUUUGUGAAGUCAGUAGUGCAGGUAUAAUGAUGAUUUCUACAUAUAGAUACACUGAAGGCAGGUGGUUCUGCCUCUUUUUGUCUGUAUAAAAACAAAGUGGAGCUUGAUGACAGAAGAAGAAAAGAGGUGACAUAGCAGAAGAGGUGUACAUAAACUCAAUGUUACAGGCUUUAGACUACAGUCAAUCCUCAUGGGCCACUUCUAAUGUUAAUAAUUCUGUGUAUUCAUGCUGUUCAGUUGACUGGAAGUCCAAUCUGCUACUGUUUAGUUACAGGGCAGGAAGCUGACAAGAUGAAAUGCAGCAGUACCACACCAGCAGAUAAAACUAAACUCCAAAGUUGCCUUCAGAUUUCACCAGUCUCUUAAUGAGUGGGAGGUACUUCAAGGCCACUGUUGGAGAAGGAUGUAAAACGCAGCCAUUUAACUGUUACUGCCAGAAAACCCAUCUCAGCGAGGUUUGAUGCUCUGUGCCCUUUCUUUUAUAAACUUCAGUGUUUUCGUGUUUGCAAGCGGCACUUCAGUUUGUACAACACAGUGUUGAAGAAUGACGGACUCAGUAUUUCCUCCACGAUUUCUGAAAAAGCAAAUUAAAUGGACCGUUGCCUGUUUGGAGGAAGUGCUACACCUGUGUUUACCAACUACCUGCUGAAAUCUGAGAAUCAUUUAAAAAGCAGUUUGUGAUUUUAAACAUCGAGAACUUGUGGAUAUUUGAUGAAAAGUAAUAAAGAAUUGUGAAUCACUGCUGUACUUGGUAACUAGUAUCAUGAUCUGCACACAAUAAAGAUGUCUUCAAAAAAAAA